AUGAACGCUGAGACGUGCGUUUCUUAUUGUGAUAUGACAGCCAUGGAUUCAUAUUAUAGCACACCCACACCGCAAGGUAGAGCUCACCAAGUAAACCCGUUUAGGACAUUCCAGCCCAGUGACACCAAGUACAGCCCCACUUUCCUGACCAACAAAGGUCAGGCAUAUGGGGAAAAGUCGCGGAGCCCGUUCCAACAGGAAUGCCAGUCAUUGGAUGCCAGUUCUGGGGAAGGCACCUUUAACAAAUACCACCUCUUCAUGCAGAGGACCUCUUGUAAAACUCCACCAGAAGGAAGCAAACUCCACGAAGACAGCAGCCACAACAGAGCGCUUAUCUCCUGUUAUGCCAAAGACAGCAGUGGGCUGACAGACUCUGAAUUGCCCCCGAGCACUGACCCUGCAGGGAUGGACAGCAGCUACCUCAGUGUGAAAGAGUCCGGGGUCAAGGGGCCCCAGGACCGUCAAGGCUCCGAAAUUACCAACUCGCUGGACAAGGGUGAGGGCGAGAGCAACAAGGGCAAGAAGAGACGCAACCGCACCACCUUCACCAGCUACCAGCUCGAGGAGCUGGAGAAAGUGUUCCAGAAGACACACUACCCCGACGUGUACGCCAGGGAGCAGCUGGCACUGCGCACUGACCUGACUGAGGCCCGAGUGCAGGUGUGGUUUCAGAACCGAAGAGCGAAGUGGAGAAAGCGAGAGCGGUUCGGCCAGAUGCAACAGGUUCGGACUCAUUUCUCAACUGCCUACGAACUCCCUCUUCUAACCAGAGCUGAGAAUUAUGCACAGAUCCAGAAUCCAUCGUGGAUCGGGGGUGGCAGUGCAGCAUCUCCAGUCCCGGGCUGCGUGGUUCCCUGCGACACGGUGACCUCCUGCAUGACCCCUCACCCCCACGCGGGCGGCAGCGUCUCUGACUUCCUGGGUGUGCCCAGCCCUGGGGGCCACAUGGGUCAGACGCACAUGGGCAGCCUCUUUGGCAACCCGGGCAUCAACAGCUACGACCUCAACGCAGAGCCCGACCGCAAAUCCUCCAGCAUCGCUGCCCUGCGCAUGAAGGCUAAAGAACACAGCGCUGCCAUCUCCUGGGCUACAUGAUGAUGCUGCCCACAAACCCGUUUUAAUUUAAACCAAAAAAAUUCAAUAACGGCAGCAAAACAAAUGAAAAAAAAAAAAAAAAAAAGCUCAAUUUUAUUUUUACAAAUAAGCAAACACUAAAUAAUAUAGCCAUAACAGACUCUUUGAGUGCCUAAACUCUCGGCAAGUGAGUGUCUAAACCCUGAAAACGGGGCCUUGGGUUUAAGCGAUGUUGCUGAAGUGCAUGAAAGCGGUUUUGGUUCAUGGAUUUAACAGUUGCUGUAAAGCAGUGAUUUAAAGUUUAGGUUUGAAACCUCUUGCUAUCAGGAGGUUGCAUUAUUGUAAAACAAGAAACGGCUUCUUUGGCAAACACUGCCAUUUCUGUGGCAAGAGACAUUUAGUUUUUUUUGGUGCAAGAAGAGGUGUAUUCAGUCAUAAUAUGCAACACUCACAGAUUUGCCCUGUUCAGUGGGUACAUUUAAUUCAUUUUCCAGAGACACAAUAUAUGUGUUUUAUAGAAUGGGAGACUGGACAUUUUUGCCUUUUUUAAAAAUUGAAUAUCACAGUAAAUCAGGCCAAUAACAUUGGUCAAGAGGUACUGUACUUUUAAAACUAUGGAAGGCUAUAAUAUUGAAAAUCAAGGCUUUGCACUGGUAAACAAAAAAAGUGUGCUACAAAGAAUAGACACUUCCACAUUAGACUUCAGCUGAUCAAAUUAUUAAAAUGACUUGAUGUAGAGGAAAUAGCAAAAGUUUAGGGCCUAUAAACAUUUCUUGUUUUCCUGUAUCUUUUUUUUAUUAGAUUUUAUUGAGAUUUCUUAACAAACUGAACGAGUUUUCCUGCAGGGAGGUGUCCUUCUGGGGUGAGGCAGCUAGACAGCAUUACAUGCUUAGUUUUUAACAGGCCAGUCCUGCUGGAGAGGGGAGAUGAGCAAGAAAAUGGGAAAGUACUGCAUUUGUGAAAUAGAUGGCAGAUUGAAAAAAAAAAAAAAAAUGUAUUAGCCUAAUCAUUGCUCGAACUAGAGGUUAACCAAAUUGCACCUUCCUAUAAUUAUGACGUGCUUACAUUGUACUAACAUCUACUAACCAUCACAACCCGUGUAGUCAUGUCAUCAGUUUGGAAAAGAGCUUGUGAUUAAUAAAACCACGUGGCUCACAAUGUUUAAUACAAGUGCAAAUCAAAUGCCCUGCAUUAUUACCUAGGUACUUUGCAUUAAGUAUAGCUUAACUCAAACAUCAUAAUUGGUAGCUACGUUCUACUUAAGUUCACAAGAAUACAUCGCUCUGCUACUUUUAUACACUAGGGUACAUUUUGAUUACAAACAACACAAGGAUUUUUUGAUGCCUUUUUACUUCCAUACUCUCUAGUGCCUUUCAGAUUCAGAGUCUGUUUGUAAGUGUAACUGACAACUGGCAAAGUAGCAACCUCAGAGGAUUAGGGUCUGCAGAGCUUGAAAGAGUAAGACAAGCUUCUGUUGUUGUGUAGAGGUGAGAGAUUGGCAUUGAUUUAAACUGGACAUGGCACUUCCACAGGUACCCCUCCCUGAGCGCUCGUCCGGGCCUCAAAGGAAACCAUUUACCAGCCUUGGGUUACAGGAAAAUGACGUCCCCGCUCAUAUGGAGCCGAGCAGCUAGCAAUAACACUGCAAACACACUCAGGCCUGCAACCUUGAAGUGUUUUCUAAAGACCUGGAUAGUUUAAAAAAAAAAAAAAAAGGUUUUACCAUAUAUUAUUUCUUUAUUGCGAAUUGUACAGACAAUGGGACAGAUUCUGAUACAAAUACAUACUUUAUUUUUUUUUACAAAAAAAUAUAGAGCUUGAAAGAUAUUGUUCUGACUAUACAUACCGAGCACCAUUUGGCUGGAAUGAACUGCCUUAGCAGACUUGAAAUCACUCUCAAUCCACACACAUGGAAAGCACAUUUUCAAGGUGGACUAUAAUGCCAUACGAUUAAAAAAAAGCCCAGUGUGCCAAAGCCCACAGUAAGAAGGGAGACGCUUCACGCUGUAGAGUUGUAAAGUGCCUUAGCAGAGGGGGAUUGAGGGAUGCCAAUAACUGCAGCUCAGGUUGGCAAUUAAAUAUAAACUGAGCUUCACAGAGUUGUUGGCUGCUGUUCUGGGGAACUGAAUUCAGGAAAAAUGCUCCCUGUGCCAGACGUGGAAUUCGGUUUCUCUACACGCCUGCUUGCUCCAGUUUAGAGCAGUGGAUUCAAUUCAGCAAGCAGGCUUGGAAUACCAGUCCAUGCAGACUUCCUUUACUCCAGUGCAGUCUACAGUUAGAAAACGCACACAUACAAAUUCUUAUCCUUGCAUGUCCUGUGCAAUCACAGGUGAUAAAUAAUUCCAAAGCUCUACAAAGAAUUUACAAAAAUUCUAAUUCAAAAAUCACAAAACCAGUAUUAUAUACAAUUAUAUAUGAUAAUUAUUUUCUGUCGACUACUCCUGUAUUUAUCCUGUAGACCUGAAGAAAGUGAACCAAAUCUCUAGUGUAUGCAAUUCAGCCAAGGAAGCUCCCUCCUUCUACUCAACAGUCACUGGCUGCCCAAGAAUCACAAACUUAUUGCACCUGUCUUGGGUUCAUGGGAGGAAAACAAUUCACCAAAAAUGGGAGCAUUUCUUCCUUAAUUAUGGUUACAGCAAAUGACAAGACAGCCAAAGAUCAAAGCAUUGACAGAAUGCUAUGCUUUGUUAACACGAUAAGCUCCAAUUACUUUCAGUGUAUUUAUAUAAGUCUAUUUAUCUUUUAAUGCAUUUCAAAUUCUAUUUAGCAGCCUUUACUGACUGUAUAUUGAUAUAUCUAGGGUGGCAAAGAUUUGCAAUGGAAACUACUAUAGUUUUGCAGCAGAGUAGCCCAUGACAAAUGCAUUUAUUUUAUUGUGAUUUUAUUUUACAUUGGAAUUAAAUGCUUGAGGUUUAAGCUAAUGCUUGUCACAAAAUUACAAUUCUUCUAAUAAUUACAUGAAAUCCAACACCGUACAAGACUCCAACAUUAAUUUCCCAGGAGGGAAAAGUGAAAAUGAAAUGCUGCAAACCCACAGGGGACCUUAUCAAAAGUUUAAACAAAGUAGAAGUUAAGAUUUAAAGAAAUAUUGACAGUGCCCAGGGACACCAUUGGCAGAUUUAUUACCAUUGAUUUAACAUGCCUAUGCAAGCUUGAAGUAAACAUUCACUAAAAAGCAAACAUACAAAUUAGAGAAAACAUUGCAAAUAAAUCUCAAGUGAGAAGAUAAUUUAUUACAUUGGGGAGGUCAUGUCAUUAUUCAUAGAUACUGGUUCAUUUUCAAAUCAACAUCCUAGGACAUGCAUCAGGUACACAUUUGCACUAUAUUAUGGCCAGUGUUCUUAUGAUGAGGUGCUUGUUACCAAUGACCUGCUCAAAAACAAAACAGUACGAGAUGAACCAAAUAAAUGCUUUUCCAAUGAUACAGGCUUUAGGGACAUGCAAGUGGAGGAUAUAAACCAAUAGAAACUAGGCACCUGAGGUCUACUGGAGAUAUGCUCACAGAAGCCUGCAGUCACUCUAUCCUCUCCUAGUAAAGACGACAUACAUACAUAGGGUCAUUGACUCUUGUAGUUCAAUAUGAUGGUACAGCACAUUCAAAUCUGUGUCUCUUCUUCACCAUUCCUCUAG